AUGCGAUAUGCAACACCACCACUCAAGGAAAACCGGUUUAAACGCGCUGUUGCCCCUUUAAAGGAAACUGGAGUGGUGAUGGCCAAGGAGCAUGGUUCAGUAUGCUACGGUGUCGACGAACUUCUUUUUCCCUCGCCGCCGGUUACAAUGUCCGAGGACUGUCUAUACAUAGAUGUCUACACGCCUCGAUCUACGGAAACCGAUUCUUGCGCAACAAGCGAAUCGGAUGGUCUGCCUGUCAUGAUAUGGAUCCAAGGAGGAGCAUUUGUCCAACAAUACAACCCGAAUUAUAACGGUACCGGCAUUGUCGAAGCGAGCGAUGGAAAUGUCAUCGUCGUUACUUUUAAUUACCGUGUUGGUCCCUAUGGCUUUCUGGCCAGUGAUGAGUUGUUACAAGAAGGAAAUCUCAAUCUCGGCAUCCACGAUCAACGUGCAGCUAUAAGUUGGGUGCAAGAUCAUAUUGUCCAGUUUGGAGGAGAUCCCGACAGAGUGACAUUAUUUGGCACAUCGGUUGGCGGUGGAAGUGUGCUGUUGCAGACUUUGGCAUAUGGUGGUAACGACACCGAGGCCGAUGCAGCUGAUAAUGCUCGAUGGAAUGCUGGUAUCGCAGCUUCAGUCUACAUACCAUCGUUCUAUACCGUCCAGGAAUAUCAACUCCAAUAUUAUCAGCUUCUGAAUGCAACUAAUUGCGCUGACCUUACUUGUCUUCGGUCUCUGGAGUCCGUAGAGAUACAAGCAGCGAACAUCGGACGACCGCCGUUCCCCGGACAAGUAAACCUUCCAUUGUUUCCUUAUGGACCCGUCAUCGAUGACGAUCUGUUCACGGAUCAGCCACUUUCAAUGCUCAAAGCUGGCAAUUUCUCCCGACACAAACCGCUCAUUAUCGGAUCGUCCAACACGGAGGGCAUAAUCUUCGCAACACAAGCAAAUACUACUCAUGACAUCCAAUCCUUCAUGUCGACGCAGUAUCCGGAUCUAACUACCAAAGACAUAUCCGAAGCAAUCGGCUUAUAUUCGUCAGUACCCACGACAUUCCCAGGCGUAACGGUACACGAGUCCUCGCUGUAUUACCAAUUGGCGAGCAUGUAUGGCGACGUCGGAUUCUCGUGUCCAGCGUUUGAUUUCGCUACUGCACUGAGUGAAGUCAAUGUUCCAAUUUAUCUGUUUCGGGACCACAUUCUCGAUCCCGUCGAGGUAGCCACGGGGUAUAUUGUUCCUCACACGUGGGAAGUCCAGGCUGUUUGGGGACCGGAGUAUGCGACCAAUUACGUUGCGGCCACGGGGGCUGAUAGUUACGGCGCCAAAGGGAUAAAUCGUCCCACGGUCGAUGUGGUGCAAAAGUUCUGGACUGGGUUUGCGACGAGCGUGGGCGAGAAAGGAUCUGGAAAUCCUAAUUCGAUGCGGGCCAAAGAAUCGUCGGUCUGGCUACCUUUUCGGCGAGAUGGCGAUAAAAGGCGAUUGAGGUUGCAGACCAACGCGACGGAAAUGGAAACGAUACCGAGUCAUGAACUUGACGUGUGUGAUUUCUGGAGCCGGAUGUCUGCAAGGACGCACAUUUAG